GGUACAUUUCGUAUAAAUUUAAAGAAUCGCAUCACUGGCGGCGAAACGCUGUUGAGGACAAGUACGAUGUCUGGUGAAAAACGUACGUGACGUUGCUCUCUCCCUGUGCUGUCUCUACAUGCUGCCACCUCUUAUUGCAUUGCGCUGCAACUGUGCAGAGUGCGUUUCCUCAUUUUAAUCGCCAACUGACGUUGUGACACUUUGACUCUGCUGCUUCAUCGCAUCGACGGCACUUUCGACUGUGUCAUGACCACUUUAGUUACGAACAAGGAGGUGGCGGCCGCGCCUGCCAUCGUCGAAAAGGGGGAAGAGGAGGAGCACCCGCUUCAGACGGGAUGGUCGCUCUGGUACGACAAGAAGAUGCCCAAGAAGAUUGACGUGGGAACAUACCAGUCGAACUUGCAGAAAAUUGCCACUUUCAACACGGUGGAGGACUUCUGGCGCCACUACAUCCACGUGAAGCGUCCGUCGCAGCUGAGCCGUGACGUGAACUUGUACCUGUUCCGUGACCAGCCGAAUUGCGCCCCGAUGUGGGAGGCGUUCCCUCAGGGUGGCUGCUGGAUCCUCAAGAUCAAGAAGAAAGCCAACGUGCUCGGUAAGAUGUGGCAAGAUCUGGUCUUCGCCGCUAUCGGUGAGGCUUUCGAGCAGCUGGACGUCGUGGGCAUUGCCAUGGCUAUCCGCUCCAAGGAGGACAUGCUGUCCGUUUGGAACGCUGACAACUCGGACGACAACACUCGCUUCGCCAUCGGUGAGAAGCUGAAGGAGAUCCUGAUGCUCGACUCGAACACGCUGGUGGAGUACAAGUUCCACGCGAACUCCAUCCGGGACAUGUCGACCUUCCGUAACGCGAAGCCCUACGUCUUUGCUGCUGCGACGCCGGCCACGAUCAACUAAACUUCGAGAGGUCAUGCCUACAUCCCGAGCAUUAGUUUAACUGCAAGCAAGCAGUGCGCGUCAGGGCCAGCCACAGCCUCAACGCAAUAGAAAGCGGAGAAGUCUUACGCGAAUAUUCGUGUAUUGGCAUCCAUUCUGCACACCUCCGCGUUCUUGCUUUAAAUGAUGCUUUUCUUUUUGUAGUUUUGUGUUACUGUUUUAUUAAUCAUCCCUUGCACG